AUGUCCGGUCCUCUCGACCCCGCAACAGGACAACCCCUCCCCGCAGACGCCCUCCAGCGUGUCCUCUUCAUCGCCCGCGCCGUCCACGUCUACGCCCUCCCACCCCUGACGUCGAUGAAAGGCUACACGGCGGCAGACUGGACGACGCCAGACCCUCGAACAGGCAAGACGCGGCAGAUCUUCACGGCACGACUGCGCAUCCUCGAAACCGCCAUCCCAGAGGACGACGACAACCAGCGAGAAAAAGUGAAGACGGACAUCCUGCUGGAAGACCCCGACAGCGGCAAUCUCUUCGCUGCGGCGCCGUACACGGAUCCCGGGGCGGUGGAGCACGUCCUCGACUCGUCGCGCUUCUUCGUGCUGCGCGUCGUCGGCGAGGGGAAGAAAGCCCUCCUGGGGAUCGGCUUCGAGGAUCGAAGCGAGGCGUUCGAUUUCGGCGUCGCGUUGCAGGAGGCGAGGAAGAUCCUGGGCUUUUCUGAUAAGCAGCAACAUACAUCAUCAUCAUCAUCCAUAAACAACAGUGCUCGGGGGACCUCUGCUGCCUCGCAAUCGGAUACUGCCUCUUCCGUCAAAGAUUACAGCUUGAAGCCUGGGCAGACGAUCAGCGUCAAUGUGGGCAGCAGACGACGUCCUCCAGAUCCCAACGACGCGGUGAGCCCUGCCCCGGCAGCCAAAGAGGAGGAAAAGGCCCUGUUCUCGAUCCCUCCGCCGCCGCCAGCGUCCGGGACGUCGAUCAUGAGUGGGGAUCAGUCUGAUCGGAGGAGAAGGAGGUCUGCCUCCAUAAUCGCGGAGGGAAAAGAAUAG